AUGGCUGAGGUCCAAAGCCAGGAGCUGAUACAAGGGCGUAUAGUGGGAGGAUAUGCCCCUGCACCCCAUUCCAUCAAAUACCUUGUAUCAAUACAGUCAACUAGAGGACAACACUUUUGUGGAGGAUCCUUGAUAAAUAAAUACUGGGUGCUCACAGCAGCACAUUGUACUAUAGGGGUGGAACAAAUUAUGAUAGUAGCAGGAGACUAUUCAGUAAGCAUGUAUGAAGGGACCGAACAGUUCUUCAUACCCCAGCUCUUAAUACCCCACCCCCAGUACAACAAGAUUACGAACAACGCAGAUAUUAUGCUUAUCAAGCUGAAAGCUCCAGUGUACUUGAAUAGCUAUGUGUCCAUCGCUCCGCUGCCCCGCCAGAGUGCCUCGGUGGCAGAGGGGCAGUUGUGCAGGGUGUCAGGCUGGGGGUUCACCAGCUCUAGUGGGGGACAGAUACCCUCCUCCCUGCGCACCGUCAAACUUCCCAUCGUCUCCACAGCCAAAUGCAACAGCAGUGAGUCUUUCAAUGGGAACAUCACAUCCAACAUGAUCUGUGCAGGCUACAGCGCUGGCAGAAAGGACGCGUGUAAGGGAGAUUCUGGGGGCCCACUGGUGUGUGAAGGUCGGAUCUAUGGUGUGGUUUCCUGGGGGAUGGGCUGUGCCGAUGCCAAGUACCCAGGAGUCUACACUGCUGUGUCAAAGUAUCGCAGGUGGAUAGACCGGACCACAUUCAGCUACUACGGACGCUGCAGCAAGUAUUAG